AUGCGCGCGGUGGGAGCAGGAAUCGAUGGUGGGCCGAACGCGCAGCAGAAGAGAUCCAGCGCGGUGUCCGCGACGUCUGUGGGGAGCCCGCCUGCGACGACGUGCUCGAGCAGACACGGGGAAGACCUCGGGGGCCCUCUACGCCGUCAACGCCUGCCCCCGGAGGAGGAGGAGGCCGUUGACAGGAACACUGGACAGGCGGUCACGCUCGCCCUCCUCCAUACACGCGUACGUGCUUCCAGCUCUACCAGCUUGGGGCAUUCCUCCCACCACAACCAUAUGGUGGCGAGGAAGACGAACAUGCAAGUUCUCGAUUCCAGGGACAAUUAUAUGACGCCAGCGGCGCGAGUGUGCGCAGCCCAACACCUCCAUGCCUCAACAUCGACACCCAACAAGCCUCUCGAUCCCAAGUUUCAGGGAGGGCUCUGUGCCGAAGUUUCUCAGCUUACGGCGUGUCUUCCAGAGGUAAACGAGGUGCGCACCAACCUUGCAGAAUGGUCAGGGGACAACGAGACGGGUCAACACAAGUAA